AUGCAAAUAGUUUCUGGUAGUUUAACACAAGUUCCAGUGAUCCAUAAUGUUUCUAUGCAUGUUUCACAUUUUAAUUCGACAACAAUUAUCAAUAGCACUUGUGAUCAAUGUAUUUGUCUGAUGCUGAUGAAUGUAACACCGAUUUCUUCUUUUAAUUAUUUUCGAAAUAAUAAAACAUGUGAAAUAUUCUCCGAAUCUGUUGUAACAAGUCAAGUGUCGUUAGUGAGUAAUUCGAAUAGUUCAGUUUACUUUAUUUCAUUACCAAUUGAUGAUAUACAAUUGACUACUUCUGUCAUUCAAGAAACUACUAGUAGUUUUACAGUCUGCAAUAGCACGUAUUCAAAUCAAACUACAUAUGAUGUUGGUAGCAGUCCAUAUUCAGUAUCAGCAGUCGAUGUCAAUGGCGAUAGUAUGCCCGAUAUUGUUGUCCCAAAUUAUAGUUCAAAUAAUGUCAGCGUUCUUCUCAACACAGGCAACGGCACAUUUCGUUCUCAAACUACUUACUCAACGGGCACUAAUCCACAAACAAGUGCAGUAGUUGAUGUCAAUAGUGACAAUAAGCCCGACAUUGUGGUUCCAAACUCUAGCUCAUCCACCGUCAGUGUUUAUCUCAAUAUUGGUAAUGGCACAUUUCUUCCUCAAACUACUUAUCCAUGUGGUCUUUGGGCACAAUCUGUAACGGUAGUUGAUGUGAAUGCCGAUAACAAACCAGAUAUUAUUAUUCCUAAUGCUGCAAACGGUACUGUUAGUGUUCUUCUAAAUGCAGGUAAUGGCACUUUUCUUCCUCAAAAUAGUUACACGGUUCGUGAUAGUCCACGCGCAGUAGCAGUCGCCGAUGUGAAUAGCGAUAACAAACUCGAUCUUAUUGUCGCAAACGGUAAUUCAGACAGCAUCAGCGUUCUGCUUAACAUAGGUAAUAGGGCCUUUCUUACUCAAAAUAAUUAUGCAACUAGCUCUACUCCGAUAUCAAUAGCAGCAGUUGAUCUAAAUACUGACAACAAACCUGAUAUUGUUGUCGUAAACAGUGGUUCAAGUAAUGUGGGUGUUUUUUUCAAUAAAGGCAAUGGAACAUUUGGUACUCAAAUUACUUAUACAGUUGGCUCUUCUCCACAAUCAGUAGUAGUGGUCGAUAUGAAUUGCGACAACAUACCUGAUAUUGUUGUUGCCAAUUCUAGAUCGAAGAACAUUGGUAUUCUUCUUAACACAGGUAAUGGCACAUUUCUCUCUCAAACUACUUACGCGGUUGGUAGCAAACCAUACUCAGUAGCAGUAGCUGAUGUGAAUAAUGACAAUAAACUUGAUAUUCUUGUCGCUAAUUAUGGAUCAAACAACGUCAGUGUUCUCCUUCAUUCUUAA